AUGAUUGCUCUCAUAGUGUGCCUCGCCGUUAUUAUCGCAACCUCGAGCACUGCGCUUCCAACUGCCAAUUCUGAAAGUCAGAUUCUCUCGCGAAAUUUCCUCUUCGAAUUUAUGAUCAUAGUUUUCCAGCUGGUAGCCCUGACCAAUAUUUUGGGGGUCCGCGGGGGGUGUGUACAACGGAGGCCGAAUGCAUUUGAAUUCAUUUCCCCUACUUUGAAAAAAUCGACCGCCGUGACCAAUACACAAGGGACGUUGGUGAAAGUUGUAACCCGGAUGAAUGUAUCUAACUUUCCUUAUGAGGGCGUUUCAAUAAAAUGUGUUUUCGAUCAUGAUAUGCCGUCAGUGUACAAAAGAACCAAGCCCAGGGCAGCUAGGGAUGGACGUAUGUAUUUAAAUCAAGUCCCCAUGAUUCUAUUGAAUUCUAACCGGGAGUUUAAUAUUAAAUGCGCUUUGAAGGGUGAUCUCUAUGGUUGA